AUGUUGGCAGCCUUGGCCAACCUACUCGAAGAAGCCAACAAGGUUUGCAAUGUGUCUGCCAUCAGGGAUGAUCUCCAUGAGAGAGCUCGCCGUGCUCCGCAUAACGUUCUUCGUCCGUGCGAUAUCAAGGCCGCCAAGUGCUUCUUAGUUGCAAGCAAUCUCGCAAACUGCACUCGAAGUACUUCAAACCCUACUGCUCAGCGUCAAGAUGAGCACGAGAUUGGAGCAACGGAUGACGACGAUGAGGCCACGGCCGACGAGCAUUCCCCCCGAGGAGGGCUCGAACACAUCUUGGUCGCCAUCAAUUCUCAGAAGCACUCAGAUGCCGCUCGUGAGCAUGAGGCCACUGCUGAUAGUAUCGUCGCCGUCACUCACAACGAAAACACCAUCACACCGGCUCAGUCUCAUUCACCCGAAGAGGUUCCUGCAACACCUUCUCCGAUGCUCAAUCCACCCGCUAACAAGCGAGACCGUUCUAUCUCGGCGGCAUACGUCAACCCGUCAAACAAGCGUGUCUGCUACCAGACGGUACCAUCUUUGCAGCCUCUUCAGCCAGCCGUUCCGACACCUCUCAUGAUGACUGAUCAGCACAAUUAUGACGACCGUCCCGCGGGGAUACAGGCAACCGACAUCUUUCAUCAUCACCUGGAGAUGCAUGUGCAAGAAUUGCGUCAGCAACACGAAUAUCUCCUCGGCAAUGUGGAGGUUCAUCAGCACCAUAUCAACCACGAGCUGGAGAUCCACCAACCCUGCCUCGAGGCAUAUCGAGCCGCACAAGAAUAUUCCCUCCAGGUAGAGGCAAAAGUCGAAAACAUUCGAAAGGAUAGCGAGACACUCAACAACUGCCUCAAGAACCUCGCCGACUCGCAGAAAUUCUGUCUGCCAUCCGUCGCCGAGAAUUUCGAGGCCGUGGAGCAACACAUGGUGGCUCAGUUGGCCGCCAAAGCCAAGGAUCUCGAAGAAGCUGAGGCGGAACUUGGUGCGGCUCACUUGGCAUGCCAUCAGACAGAAGAGGCUGCGCGCCCUGCUCUGGAGUUCAUGAACAUGGAGAAGCCCCUGCUCGAGGAGAAGAAGACAGCUGCUGAGAAGCUCGGCAUGACUGUCGAACGCACGGAGUUCCUUCAACUUUUGGUCAGAACUAGUCCUUCGGCCAUUGCAAUUCUCGAAAAGUUCGCCCAGGACAAGGGCUCGUCGCUUGGAGAACUUCGGGCGGAUAUUGAACAGCGUGGACUUCUCACCCAGAUGGAUGAUCAGCAGGCAGAUGUACCCAUGGGCUGA